GACGAUGCAAACCGGAAGUCAUGUUGUGGCAGCUAGCGAAUAGGUCUCCGUUAGAUUAGCUAGCUAGCAGUUGAGUUUAUCUUCUUGUUAUCCAGCUAAUUUACUAUCGUUUUGUUUUUGUGACGUAGCUAACUCUCCGGAGACAUGGACACCACACUGUUUCAGCUGAGGUCGUUUGUUCAUCAGCGGCUGUACAUAGCGGCAGAGGAGAUCCUCGGAGAGGUGGAGAAAACUAUAACGUUAGCUUUGUACGAAGCCGAAGUUAGUCAAACUAAACAGGAGGUUGGAAGUCUGCGACAUCAGCUAACGAAAGACCUUCGAAAGAAAUCAGCUGCAGAGCCUCCAAUGACCAACAGCACAGUGGAACGGGGAGAUGAAUGUGAUGCCCCGCUGCUGCAGGAGAACACUGGUCCCUCAACACCAGAAAAGUCCAACUUCAGUCUUGGUGCUGAGGUGCCGGGACCCUCUCAAAUCAGUGCAGAUCCGGACAAUAAUAACUGGAACUACUGCUUGGUUCAGACAGACUUCAAGAUGUUAGAGAUAAAAGAAGAACAGGAGGAACUUGGGGAUGACAGUCAAACACAAGAGAUGGUUUUUCCUUCUCCCGAAAUUGUGAAAAGCGAGCAAGAUCAGCCAGAGACAGAACUAUCAUAUGAAUUGCAGCCAGUUUCUUCAGACUGCUCUGCAGCUCAGAGUGAGAACAAUGACAGUGAUGAGGAGUUGGUUACCAGCAAAGAAGAACAGACCAUAACAAUGAAAAGGAAAGGAAAGAUGUUGCAUGGACAAAGUGGCAACGUUAAUGAGAAGGCAGCAUUGCCUCAUGACAAAAGUUCUGCUAAAAGUGAAAAGGAACGCGGUUUUUGCCAUUUUUGUGGGAAGGGAUUUCAGUACAUUGGCUCUUUGAUGAAGCACAUAAAAACGCAUGAGAACAAUUUUGAUUGCACGGUUUGUGCGAUGACAUGCCAGUCAACAGAGCAGCUGAUAACUCAUCUGAAAAGUUUUCAUAACAAAACACAUUUUUGUGACGUUUGUGGCAAGACUUUUGCCAAUAUCCGUCGUCUCCGGCUGCAUGAAAAAAUACACACAGGCAUAAAAGAGUUUGUCUGUCAAGAAUGUGGUAAGACAUUUUACCGAAAAGAACAUCUGAUUGUGCAUGUGAGAACCCAUUCUGGGGAGAAACCUUAUCACUGUGAUAUUUGUGGAAAAUCAUUCAGUCAGAGCCAGAACCUUACAAUUCAUAAAAGAAGUCAUUCAGGGGAGAGACCGUAUCAAUGUGGCCUGUGUGGCAAACUUUUUAAUACUAGCAGUCAUCUCAAAACACACAUGAGAUACCAUUCAGGAGAAAAGCCGUAUUCAUGUGAUAUUUGUGGUAAACAUUUUCGCCAAAGCGGACAGAUGACUAGACAUAGGACCACACAUACAGGAGAAAGGCCAUAUGGCUGCCAUGUGUGUGGUAUGAGAUACAGGUUUGCACCUAAUCUGAAGGUGCACCUUCAAAUUCAUGAAAAGGCAGCCUCUGAGUGAAAAAAGUUACAUAACCAGACGGCCAUCUCAGAGCUCAAUGACAAAUCAUAUGUAUCGGUAAGUUGGAUUUAGAGAGAGUAAUUGAAAGAGCUACUUUACUUAUCAGAAAAAAACACAAUUUAAAUUAGGGCUGGACCCGAAUAUUCGUUCGGUGGGUUGGUAUUCGAUUUGAAAAUUUGACAUUCGAAUAUUUGUUUUUUUUUUGCACAACCUGGCAUCCCCCUCCAAACGGUUCUCAUUCGCGCUUGAAUAUGUUCGAAAUAUAAUACUCUCUUUUACAAUUUUCUUAUAUAGCCUAGCCAUUUUAAUAGGAUGGACAACCCAACCUCAUUAUACUUAAUAAAUAUAUUUGCUUCUUCUUGGACUACUAAAGUGUUCCUGCAACGGGAGUAUUCUCUGGCUAGAGCGCAGAACAGCGCAGUUUGCAUGGACAGAAGUGCAUGCCUGAGUUUGUAUUUUGGCUUAAGCUGCGUUGCUUUGACAUUGUGGAAAAUAAAAUAAUAGAAACAAAAUGUAUUAUCCUUUUUAACCCGUUAUCAAUCUAAAUUAAUCUACUGCGAAAUAUAGGAGACUUUGAGAUUUUACUGGGACGUCACGUCACAUGCCCCAGUUAAAACGGCCAUGAGUUGAACGUCAUUACUGUCACGAUUCAGCGAAAAGAAGACAAAAAUGCCGAAGACUUCAUCUGUGUGGGAGAACUUUAAAUUAAGUUAGGACAAGACAAAGGCAAAGUGUCAAAUAUGCAAAUCAAAAAACUUUGACCAGACCAGACUGCAGAGCAGCAUCUCUGGAGCUGUGCUUUUUUCACAGUUAAUGUCUGUUUUUUUGUAUGCUGUUUUGUGUAAUUUGUUUUAAUGGUAAAACCAAAUUUCCACAUGGGGGGACAAUAAAGUUUAUUAAACUAC